CUUUGAUGUUAUUGUGUUUAAUUUUAAAACAAAACAUUUUGUGUAGAAUUAGAAAUUAAUAAUCUUAGACCAACAGACCCAACAGAGUAUUUAAUGGUUAUUCUAUAGAAAUACUUGACUGAUAUUUUAAGGUUAAAUAUCUGAAAUACAUGCCGGUGAUUUGUUGUGUGAUUUUGUUUAUUAUUAUUUUGAAAAAUGAGUUCUGCUAAUAAAGUUACAUCUUGUCCAAUAUGUAAUAAAGAUUUUCCAACCGAUGAAAUCGAGAAUCAUGUCAAUCGUUGCAUAUUUUUGAACUGUGUUGACGACGAUUUAGCUAAACGUAAAAGAUCCCCUAGUCCAGUGAUGAGCGUUAGUCAACAAAAAGUAUCAUUUACACAAAAAUCCCCAAGAAAUUUAUCACGUCAAUUUGUAGAAAAUCAAGUUAAAUAUACAGAAAACUCGGCGAGUUGUAGUAGUACAUCCAUAAGUUUUAAACCAAAUUUGUCAUUUAUCAUACCUCUUGCAAAACAGAUUCAGCCAAAGACUCUUAAUGAUUUUUAUGGACAAAACCAGGUUUUGGGAAAAGAUACAGUAUUAAGAGAUUUGCUGGAAAAGGGAGAAAUACCAAACAUGAUCCUCUGGGGACCUCCAGGUUGUGGUAAAACUUCAUUAUCUGGUGUAAUAAGUGAAAUUUGCAAAUCAAAUUCUAAAAAACUUAGGUUUAGUUCCCUUUGUGCAGCAAGUACUGGUGUUAAAGAAGUACAAAACAUAAUUACAAUUUCCAAAAAUGAAAUGAAAUUUGGUAAGAAAACAGUCUUAUUUAUGGAUGAAAUUCAUGCAUUUAACAAAAAACAACAGGAUACAAUGUUGCUCAGUGUAGAAAGGGGUGAAAUUACACUAGUGGGAGCUACUACAGAGAAUCCAUCAUUUUCCAUUAACUCAGCUUUGUUAAGUAGAUGUAGAGUUAUAGUUAUGGACAAAUUAGAUUCAGAUACUUUAUAUGAAAUUGUGAAACAAGCUGCAAUAAAGUUUAAUCUUCAUAUAAUAAACCAUUUAACAAACCCACAAACUCUUGAUAAAUCAAGUUUGUCUAUAGAAGAAGAAGCUUUGAAAUGGCUAGCAGAUGUUAGUGAUGGGGAUGCAAGGAUAGCUUUGAAUAACUUACAGUUAGUCAUUCAACAUAACGAAAAUGGAAAAGUAAUCAGUGUUGGAGAUAUAAAAGAGGGCUUAAAGAAAUCUCAUAUGUUAUAUGACAGAAAGGGUGAGGAACACUACAACUUGAUAUCUGCAAUGCAUAAAUCAAUUAGGGGUUCUGAUGAAAAUGCUGCACUUUACUGGACCACAAGGAUGAUAGUAAGUGGAGAAGAUCCUAGGUUCAUAGCUAGAAGACUUGUUAGAGCUGCAAGUGAAGAUAUAGGUAACGCUGAUCCUGCCGCAUUACCGCUAGCUGUAGCUACAAUGCAAGGUUGCCAACUCUUGGGAAUGCCCGAAGCCGAUGUCCUUCUGGCACAGUGUGCAAUUUAUUUGGCUAGAGCUCCAAAGUCUAGAGAGGCCGACACAGCUUUGGCAAAAGCCAAAAGUUCAAUAGUAAAUCACAAAGGUCCUCAACCUGCUGUGCCUAUGCACAUAAGGAAUGCGCCUACCAAGCUCAUGAAAAACUUGGGUUAUGGCAAGCUUCAAGAAGGUGCAAGUUACACUUUUAUGCCUCCAGAAUUAAAAGGUGUAAACUUUUUUCAGAAAUAAGUAGUUAGUAAUAAAUAUUUUGUAUAAUUUU